GACAUGCGGAGAGGACCUGGCCAAAAGCGGCCGCCUGACGGCUGGGCUGGGUGGUUCAGCUACAAUAAUUCAUUGAUGCAUCGAGCGCCUGGCACGACACGCUUUCUCUUUUCGCCUCCGACUGGUUGGGGUCGCUCCGGAGCUGAGCUGAACAGGUUGGGUCGCUGGCGGGCACGACCCGGCAACGUAAACGUCAGGACUAACCUUUGCCCGAUGUCCUUCAAAGGCGCCGUCGCUGUGAAAGCAACAGCUGUGCGCUCUCUCUCGGCCAACGAGCUUCGUCCUGCGGAGCUUUCUUCGACAUCUCACUUCCAGUUUCGAACUUGGCCAAAGCCCUCUUAUCAGAGCUUUCGAAAUAGGCGGAUUGAAAGGCGGCUCAAGCGAGGGCCAUACAAAAGUUAACCAGUUACUUUAGU